UUUCCAGUUCUUUCAUCGUCGAUCUCUUCCCUGUGGUUUUUGUCAUUCUUGUUAAAGAAAUUUAAAUAAAAUAAUUAAGAGAAGAAUUAUGAGAAAGCAGAGCAGAUGCUGCUCCUCUGCUUCAAUUCUGGUCCGGCUAUUCCUGCUUCUCGCUCUGAUUUUUAUAGGUGGCAUUAUUAGAGUUGCAGAAGGAGGGAAGAGAAGGGUUCAUAUCCCAGAUGAGCUGGACGACGUGAUCGAUAACGAAGAAGACGAGGACUGGAAGCGAUGGGGUCAAAAAUCAACACCUUCGGAAGAUUUCGAAUUCGCUCCACCUUCGCCCAUGGAUUUCACCAAGACGGAUCCAUCGCAGAUUCAAUCUGAAAUGUUGAAUCGCCAUUCCGGCCCUUCCUUUGGUUUCGUCAAGCUCCGAUUAGGUGUCCGACGUUCACCGGAUAUGGUCGCGGAGAUCGCUAUGAAAUGGACUAAGGUUCUAAAGACCGGAUCAAUUGAGGCCCAUUUCAUGGCUGUUGAUACUAACACCAUCAUGUUCACCAUGCAAAGAGGGAAAGACACAACAGAGUUGAAAGAAUUUGUACUGAAUCAACCAGAGGCAUAUGAGAUGAAGAUAGGUGAUCAUGUCUUUCGAAGACCAGGAGAUCCUCCUAUAGAAGAAGUUAUCGAGAAGCUUCGUAUUGAGAAGAAUGAAGCCCACGAACAUCAUGCACAUAGUUCUGCUGAGUCGUCAGAGCAACUGAAACACGAGGAGCUUUAAUGCUUUUUGAUAACACAAGUAAAAAUUUUUUCGAGCUUAUAGUGAAUUUAAUCUAAAUUUUCUUUGUCAGGUUGAUUCGAUUCGAUAGUUUAUAUAUCAAAAACUUC